CCCUUCAUUUCGACAUGGAGAUGAUCCCACUGCUGCUCUUCACCAUGCUGUGUAGUGGGUCGCAGGCUUUGGAUGAUGGGUAUCAGCUCGAAGUGCAGCCAGUAGUGUGGGCACAGGAGGGGCUCUGCGUGUUUGUGCCCUGCACUUUCAAGUACCCCCAGGACAGCCAGUCGAGCACAUAUGGCUACUGGUACAGAUUAUCAAGGAAGCCAUACAACCAAAAAGAGGAACUCGUGGCCAGCAACAACUAUUGGAAUUCACCAAGCACCAAAGGACGCUUCCAGCUUGUUGGAAACCCCGAGGAUGGAAAGUGCUCCCUGCUCAUCACAGAUGUCCAGAACAGUGACCAGGGCAUGUAUUACUUUCGGGUGGAGAAUGGUGAGUCCGUGCAAUACAGUUACACAAAGUCAACAGUCUUCCUUGAAGUGACAGAUCUAAUGAAGCCAGAUAUCUACAUCCUGGAGCCCCUGUGGCCGAACCGCUGGGGGACCGUCAAUUGUGUGUUUAACGCCACCUUCGACCACUGUCCGGCCCCCUCCUUCUCCUGGGCUGGGCCGGUUCUAUCCACCAUUCGGUCCCACGUCAGCACCCAUCAACCCUCAGUGCUCAAGAUCGCACCCCAGCCCCAGGACCAGAGAAUCAACCUCACCUGCCGUGUGAGGUUUACCCCACAAGGCCGGAUUUUCGAGAAAACCGUGAGGCUGGAUGUGGCUUAUGCUCCUGAGGACCUGAGUGUGACUAUCUCCAUAGAAAAUGGUACAGUCCUGCAAACCCUCCAGAAUGCCAACACACUCAGAGUGCUCCAGGGCCAAAGCCUGCAGUUGCGCUGUGUCGCCCACAGCAUCCCCCCCACCAGACUGAGCUGGACCCAGGGCCCCCUCCCACAGAGCCCAGUGCUGCCCAGCGAGCUUGGGCUCCUGCUUAUUCCUCGGAUCCAGCCAGACCAGGAAGGAGAAUACACCUGCCAGGCCCAGAACCAGCUGGGCUCCCAGCAAGUGUCGGUGACCAUCCACGUGUGCUGUGAGAACGGGCUGGGGCCCAGGCAUCCCCCCAGCUUCUGGGUCUCCACUGCUCCUGAGAGGCUCUACGCUGCAGUUGCUUGGCCUGUGGACGGCCUGUCCCUGCUGUGUGCUGACACCCCAACUCCCUGUAGCUGUGAGUCUCAGGGCUCAUGGACUCUGGUGCUGAUGGUAAUCCGGGGCACCCUCAUGGGGACAGGCUUCCUCCUCACCUACGGCCUCACCUGGGUCUACUAUAGCAGGUGA